CGCGGAAUCUCAAGGCAUCGGCGGCAUCAUGGACGUGGAAUUCGACUCCUUCGACGACGACUCGUCCAUCGCGACUCUUCGAAUCAAGGCAUCCUCGCAGUACUGUCGCAAUGACGAAGUCUUCCUUGAGAGCUUGAUGACUGCCGUGAAGAUUGAGAUGGGCCUCCCACCCGCGGCAGACGUCCACUUGCAUGUCGAAGACAAGAAAGUACAUGCCACACUCAACAAGAGAAACUCGAGUCGCAAAGAGGAGGUUCCAAAUGUGGAUCUCGUGGAUGUAUACACGCAAAAGGUGAUCCCGCUGCAGGGUGCACUCAUGAACAAGCCGUUUGCCAUUCUCGCGCUCUGGACUGCACCUUCCAAGUCCACCGUGGUGGACGUGCAACAACAUGCGUUGAAGUUGUUAGAGUCAUCGCUCGACACCACACACGUAUUAGCACUCCACGUCGGCGCGACAUCGGCCGAAGCACUCGACGUGAUCGAUCGACAGAAGUUGUACUUUCCACAACAAACCCUACACCACUACCACGUCCCAACAACGUCGCUGGCACUAUUGCAGCAAUCAUUGUCAAUCAACGACGAACCAACUCGCAAUUACGUCCUUAUCGACAAGAAACUCCAAGUUCUUGCCGCGAGCAACGACCUGUCCAACUUGGAUGGUGGACUCCAAGCAACCCCAAGCUCACCUCUUUCCCUUCCCCCACCAUUAUUGCAAGUGGUGCACACUACGCAUGACGACUGCCACCUCAAGCAGUACCCGAAUGUGGAGGUGGUGCACAUGCCCACACAACGGACCAUGCACUUGUUCGACUUUCUCACUGCGGGCACGUUGACAGUUAUCGAUUUCUGGUCCACGACGUGCGUCCGAUGCCCCGCGGCGAUUGCAAAGCUCCUGACGCACUACAAGAAGACUCAGUCGUCCAUAUCCGCCACCACGAUUCAAUACGUCCUCAUCAACACGGACAAUGCCGUGAUGGGAUGGGACCUCGUCCAAGGCCACGAGUGGGUUCCAUUUGGAAGCAUUGUGCACUUGCAUGUCACGGUUGCCGUAAAAGAGUCCCUCAAGGCGUUUAUGGCCAUGAAGCAAAUGCCCCAUCAUGUGCUUCUUGAUGUGAACCACCGAGUGCUUCAAAACGGCAAGUUUUUCAGCUACGAUCAUGUCGACGCUGCUUUGGUAGCUGCUCGCCCAUCAAAGGUUGAACAUGCGCCUUUGUCGUUUACAUUGGACGACGAUGACGGCGACGAGUUGGUUGCCCCGCCGGCGGCCCCACAAGAGCAUGCAUUUGUCCUGGACGACGAUUUCUAACUCCAACUUACUUGAAUAGACAUUUGUAUGUUGGUGGGUGUGUGUAUGUAAUCAAGCGCAUUUGGCCUUGGGGGCUUCG